GCCGCAGCCACGCACUUGGCCCGGGCCCGGAGGGGCGGGCGGCCGAGGCCUUCGAGGCACCGAGUACCCUGUUUCAGUCUGGUCCCCUGUUUCGAUCUGAGGGGUAUCCGGGCUUGGUUGCGAGUGCCCGGUCAGCUGCCGCCGUACCUGCCUUCCGCCUUCCCGCACUCCAAACCUGGGCGCUUCCCUCUGACACCGUGAUCCGAUCCCGGAGCUGCCAUGAUUGAAGUGGUAGCAGAGCUGAGCAGAGGUCCUGUGUUUCUGGCAGGGGAGGCCCUGGAGUGUGUGGUUACAGUCACCAAUCCCCUGCCCCCCACGGCCACUUCUGCAUCCAGUGAGGCUCUGGCCUGGGCCAGUGCCCAAAUCCACUGCCAGUUCCACGCCAGUGAGAGUCGAGUGGCACUUCCUCCCCCCGACUCCAGUCAGCCGGAUGUCCAGCCUGAGAGCCAGACUGUCUUUCUCCCACACCGAGGUGAGAGGGGUCAGUGUAUCCUUUCCACUCCACCAAAAAUCCUCUUCUGUGACCUGAGGCUAGACCCUGGAGAGUCCAAAUCAUACUCCUACAGCGAAGUGCUGCCUGUAGAGGGACCACCCUCAUUUCGGGGUCAGUCAGUCAAGUAUGUCUACAAACUGACCAUUGGCUGCCAGCGUGUCAACUCACCCAUCACUUUACUGAGGGUCCCUCUGAGGGUUCUUGUGCUCACUGGCCUUCAAGAUGUCCGGUUUCCCCAGGAUGAGGCUGUAGCCCCAUCCAGUCCAUUCCUAGAGGAGGAUGAAGGUGGGAAGAAGGAUUCAUGGCUCACUGAGCUGGCUGGGGAGCGCCUCAUGGCUGCCACAUCCUGCCGAAGCCUCCAUCUGUACAACAUCAGUGAUGGCCGAGGAAAAGUUGGGACAUUUGGCAUCUUCAAAUCUGUAUACAGACUUGGCGAGGAUGUGGUGGGGACCUUAAACUUAGGAGAAGGAACUGUAGCUUGUUUGCAGUUCUCAGUGAGCUUACAGACGGAGGAGCGUGUGCAGCCUGAGUACCAGCGGCGCCGCGGGGCAGGAGGUGCCCCCUCGGUGUCCCACAUCACUCAUGCCCGGCACCAGGAGUCCUGCCUACACACGACCAGAACCAGCUUCUCUCUCCCCAUCCCUCUCAGCUCCACCCCAGGCUUCUGCACAGCCAUUGUAUCCUUGAAGUGGCGUUUGCAUUUUGAGUUUGUCACCUCCCGAGAACCCGGUUUGGUGCUCCUACCUCCCAUGGAACAGCCCGAGCCCGCCACCUGGACGGGGCCUGAGCAAGUGCCUGUGGACACCUUCAGCUGGGACCUGCCCAUCAAGGCUUGGGGAUGUUUAUAAAGUGAGGACCCUGGCCCCCUGCUGAGUGGAGCUGGAAAAGCCGUAACUCUGUUUCCUGAGGUGAGGGCAUGAAAACAAGAGGUCUAGCUUUAAUAAGCUGUGAGAGCUGAUUCAUGCCCCCGCAUAGCCAGGGGGAGGAGGGUGGCCGGGGAAGGGGCGCUGGACUGGGCACUUCCCCAGCAAGGAGGGGGCGGGGUGAGGGCCCCCAGGUGGUCCCCAGGACUCUCCCUGGCCUGGAGAGAAGGAAGCAUUCCACCAUCUCCCCCCGCCCCGUAAUACACACACACACACAGACACACACACACACACACACACACUCUCCAGGGGUGUGUACGCUGGGAUCCCUGCCUGGACCGGAGGGAGGCAUUUCCUGGGGAUGGCUAAUCCUGUGCCCCAGCCAAACCAAGGAGAUGCAGUAGGGUGCGACGGCCAGAGGCUCCAGGAGAGCAAACAGGCACCUAGUGUGGAGAAGGUUUCUCUCAGACCCUAGGGCAGGGUCUCCUUGCAGUGUCCUAGAGACAUGGCUGGCCCUCAGAGGUUAGGGGUGAGGGGCUGGGGGCAGGUGUCUCCUUUUUUUCUUACAGGCAAUAAGACUAUCCAUUGUUCAUCACCCCAAACACACAGCAAAUAAAAGAUCU